UGUGUCACAUUCAUCAUUCAUAUUCCUUCCACAAUGGGCAAAGCCGCUAGCUCUUCUUCCUCCUCUAUUAGCAGCACCACCAACCGUCACCUUCUCAUUUCAACCGCAUCAUCUCUCACUCAACACCUUCCCACUGAUCUCAGCCUUGGUCUCAGCAUUUCCGCCGCUCAACAUGUCUCAAGGGGGCACCCACAAGGUGCUCAUGAAGUCAAUGAUUGCAACGAUCAUACCAGCUUCUUUGUCAAGGUCUACAUGGAAGGCAUUCCAAUUGGAAGAAAGCUCAAUAUACUAGCUCAUGGAAGCUACUAUGAGUUAGUGAAGACUCUUGAACACAUGUUCGACACUACCAUUCUUUGGGGGACAGAGAUGAAUGGAGUGCAACCCGAGAGAUGCCAUGUGCUAACUUAUGAAGAUGAAGAAGGGGAUUUGGUCAUGGUUGGUGAUGUCCCUUGGGAGAUGUUCUUGUCCACGGUAAAGAGGUUGAAGAUUACAAGGGUAGACACAUUCGGGUGUUGAAUGUACACGGCACGGUCUCUUUCAAAUUUUGUCCUCUAGAGUGAGACUCUACUGCAGUCGAUCAAGAGAAAAUUUAGAAGUAUGCACAGAUAGAUGUAUAUGCAUAGCUCACUCUGCUUUCUUUCAGGAUAAUGGAAAAGAUUAGUGUUGUACAUUCUUACCCCUUUUGGGCUACUAGAUUUAUAAUUCAACUUCUAAUUAACCAUUUGCUUUUUUCUCUUUACCGACUUACUUUCCCUCAAUUUUUUAGACAAUC